AUUUAAAUGAAAAAAACACAAUGCCAAAACCAAAACAAAUGAAUGUUUUGAGUUCAGUCCAUAUUAAAUAAAAUAAGCGCUCCGGUCACAGUUACAGCUUGCCAAGAUGUAAAAUUUCUUCGUGUUGUAACUGGAGUGCUUAGAUUGUAGUGGAAGGCUGGAUUACAGUAUGUAGUUCCAGUGCUUUAGAUGAGGAAAUCUCACAAAGACCUCUUUUAGGAUUUAGGAUGGUGGUGGAGGUGGAGAGUUUUUAUGGAGUGUAUAUGCUGUACUGUACUAACCCUAAAUUUAAGGGUCGUAUAUAUAUCGGCUUCACUGUGAACCCGGAGCGCCGUAUCGGUCAACACAACGCCGGGCGACAUAGAGGAGGAGCCAAGAGAACCAGUGGAAGAGGACCAUGGGAGAUGGUUCUAAUCAUCCAUGGCUUUCCAUCUGAUAUUGCAGCGCUUCGGUUUGAGUGGGCAUGGCAGCAUCCACACACCUCUCGUCGGCUAUCCCAUGUUGCCCGUCGCAACCGCAAAGAGUCCAGUUUGCAGUUCCAUUGGCGAGUGGUGUCAAACAUGCUGCGGGUGGCGCCAUGGAAUCGACUCCCCCUUACUGUUCGCUGGCUAAAACAGGAGUACCGUAUGGACUUUGCCCCUGACAUGCAGCCUCCUCUGCACAUCCCUUUAUCUUUUGGCUGUGUUCGUGCCAAGAGGAAACCACAGCAGGAGUGCAAGGAGCAAGAGGAGAGACAGGUGGAGCGGUGUGCGUUGUGUAGGGAGCUUGUGAAGGCUGGAGACAGGCUGUCUUGUUUCCACCCCUCCUGUCAAAUGGUUAGCCAUCUGAUUUGCCUGGCCAAAAUUUUUUUGAAGUCAGAUCCUUCCCACCUACUUCCUGUGGAGGGAGAGUGUCCUGGCUGCCAUCACUCAGUGCUUUGGGGGAGUCUCAUUCGCCACAAAAAUGGCUGUAAUGGUGAUUUAGAAGAAAUAACCUCAUCAUCGUCUCAGAGUCGUUGGACAGAGGAACUCCAAUUAUGAAGACGAAGUCUUAGCAUUCAUUGGACUGGACUAUAUGAACUGACAAACAGAGGUGUUUUUAUUUCAUUCAGUCAAAACAAGACAUAUAUGAAGUUCUCUACAUCUUUACAUUUGGAAUUAACAAGGAUAUUCAGAAGGAACUCAGAAUUCAGUCAACCUUUUGAAUUAGAAGGUAAUGAAGCUUAAAAAAGGUAAUAAACAUUUUUAAUUCAGCAAUAAUAAAUGUUACAUCAAAUGUAAGCUAAUUUAUGACAAGAAUAAUGGAUUGUUUUUAAUAACCGUGACAGAGUUUUCAAAUGUGGCUAAUUUAGUCGACCCUUUGAAUUAGAAUGUAAUAAGCCAAACAUAGUCUUUGUACAUGUAUUUUAAAAUAAGAUAUUUCAAGUCAAGUCAGGUCAUUUUUAUUUGUAUAGUGCUUUUCACAGCACACAUCAUUUCAAAGCAGCUUUACAGAAAAUUAUGCUUUAACAGAAAAUGAAACUGUAAUAUCUAUAAAGUCUGCGAGUCAUCAUUGUGUAGUUUGAUUAAAUAUGAUUGUAAAUUGUGAAUAAAAAUAAAUAAUUAAAUAAUAAUUGUAUUUAGAACCCCUGUGAGCAAGCCUCACAGCCAGCGACUGUGGCAAGGAACACAAAACUCCAUAAAAUUUUGGUUAAUGGAGAAAAAUAACCUUGGGAGAAACCAGGCUCACUGUGGGUGCCAGUUCCCCUCUGGCUAACAUCAUGAAUAUAAUGCCAAUAUUAGUUAUUUAUGUGCAGUGCAAGUCAUGGUUUAAAAUUAUUAAACUAAGUAAGUGUUAAGAGUCAGUGUUUAAAACAAAGAUUUUGUAUGAACUGUAAGAUUAAUGACUAAUGUCUUUGAAGUCCAUCCUGGAUUAACUGCAGAAGUUCACAUAGAUGCAUUGUCCUUUGUUAGUUGGCUGAUGAAGGCUUUUGUUGGCAGUUCAAUGAUAGUCUAUGUUUUCCAUUUCAAGAGUGUAAUCCAUCAAUAGACAAAGGUGAUGCAGGCAGAGAUCAAUGAGGUGCAUCGCAGUUCAACCGGCAGGCCAUUUCGGUGAGGUUCGGUGGGGUCCAUCCUAAGUCCAAGGUUGAGGCAGUGGCAUAUGAAGUAUCCCAUGUCUUAUGGUUGGAGUUGGCAUCAGUUCAUCCUCUGAAGUCCAUCGUAAAAGACUGAAGUGAUGUCUGGCUAGCACCAGCUGUAGUUUGUCGUCAUCACUCAGCAACACGUAGCAGUAGAGUCCGACACCAUGCAGGAACGGAGCUGGAUGUGGCCGGCUCUGGUAACCUCAGGAUAUGAAUCCAGAGGUUGAGACAGGGAAACAAAUAGAAUAAUAUUUGCGUAGAUGCCAUUCAAUUUAUUGCAGCGAUAUAGAUUAUGAGAAAUGUUUCUGAGAAAUGUUUCUGGUUCCGGCAGACCUAACUAAAGCAGCCUAAUUUUGAGUUGAUGGAUUAAUUAGGUGUAUGCUUGGCUAAAUAGAUGAGUCUUUAAUCUAGACUUAAACUGAGUGAGUGUGUCUGCAUCUCGAACAGUUUUAGGGAGACUAUUCCAUACUUUUGGAGCUAAAUAUGAAAAGGAUCUACCUUCUUUUGUGGAUUUUGAUAUUCUAGGAACUCUUAACAGGCCAGAAUUUUGCGAUCAUAAUUAACGUGAAGGAAUAUAGCAUGGUAGAAGGUCACUUAAGUACUGUGGAGCUAGACCAUUCAAAGCUUUGUAUGUAGUUAACAGAAUUGUAAAAUUAAUACAUAAUUAAACAGGUAGCAAAUGCAAUGAUGAUAAAAUGGGGCUUAUAUGUUCAUAUUUCUUGGUUCUAGUCAGCACUCUGGCAGCUGCAUUUUGAACCAGUUGAAGUUUAUUUAUUGAACUUGUAGUACAUCCUCCCAGUAAUGCAUUACAAUAAUCUAGUCUUGAGGUAACAAUUAAAUUGGCAAAAUUCAAAAGAGAUCAGGAUGAUUAUAGUGCUGAUGCUGUCUAUGAUUGGGGAAGGGAAGAAAAAGUCAUUCAAAACAGAGAAGUAGAAGAUCUGUUUUGUUCAGUUUGUCUAGCACUGACGAUGAAGUUGAGAGUGAUAACAGACAAUAUGAUGUCCGCAGGCCAGCCUAGUCUGCAUUCCUCUCACAAUUCAAAUUAAUUUUUAGAUCAUCACUCCAGGUCACAGAGUCGAAACAAAAGAGGAAAACUCGAAGGGGCAUGCGGGGAGCCUCGAUACAUUUACCAAAGGCUGAAAACACAGAGCCAGAGGAGAGAACGGUGGUGAUUAAUAUCUCAGACUUUUCCCUCUCAAAUGAUCAUCUUUGUGUAAGGGACUCUCUUAUGCUCCAACAUAUACAGGAAACUAAAUUCAAACUAAGAUAGUUCUAUUUAGAUUUUAUCAUUACCGUUAGUUUGUGUAUGGAAUAUAUAAGAGAAGCCAUGUGACAAUUGAAGAAUACAGCCUAUUACUCUAUGCUACCAUGCAAUCCAAUGGAGAAUAUGUAAAGACAAUGUAUUGAGCUAAUGACUGAGGCAAGAAAUGAAAAUUGGAUUUCACAACAGGAAUAUCUUGUGGUUCCCAAUCCACGUUUACCAGUGUUUUACAUGUUACCUAAGGUUCACAAAACUCUAGAAGAUCCACCAGGCAAACCAAUCUUCAGUGACAAUGAGUCUAUAACAGAACCGAUAUCUAAAUACAUAGAUUUCUUUAAUAAAACCUUUUGUCAUGGAAUUGCCAUCGUAUAUUCAGAACAGUACACAAGUUUUAAAAAAAAUAUCUGCCAUUUGAAACAUUGGUGAUUGCCUUAUGCCUACUAUGGAUGUAGAAUCCCUCUACAGUAAUAUUGUCCAUGAUGAAGGCCUUGAUUCAAUGAGACAUUACUUAAGAUCGAGAUCAGAUGAUUUUUUUUUUUUUUUACCUCCCAGUGAUUUUAUUGUGCGCCUAACCGAAUGGACUCUUAAAAAUACUUUUUUUCUGUUCCAGGACCAAUUAUACAGACAGGAAAACAGAACAGCAAUGGCAGUGUGUUUUGCACCAAAUUAUGCCAAUUUGUUUUUAGGACUUUGGGAAGAACAAUUUGUGUACUCUACUUCAAAUAAUUUAGAGAUAAGAUUUUUUUGGUGGGGGUGUUACAUAGAUAAUAUCAUUCUGUUUGUUUUUUUGUUUGUUUUUUUGUGUUUAUUCAACCAAUGAAAAUUUAAAAAUUAACUUGGUAUAUGAUAAGGCCAAAAUCUAUUUUUUGGAUUUGACUAUUUCAAAGGAUAGUUGUGGAAACCUCCACACUUCUAUUUACAGGAAAACCACUGAUCGCAAUACCAUUUUACAUGUGGACAGUUUUCAUCUCCCAUGGCUUAUCAAAAAUAUUCCAUAUGGCCAAUUCCAGAGACUGAGAUGGAUAUGUGAUUCUGAUGUAGACUUUGAUGUACAAACAAUUGAUAUUACACAGUGCUUUUGACAGAGAAGACAUCAGCCAUCGGUACUUACAGAAGCAUAUAAUAAAGCACAGUCACUCAAGAGAAAUGAAUUACUUGACAAAAAACAAAAACAAGACCAGGCACGAAAUCAAAAGCCCUGCUGUGUCACAAGGUAUAGUACAAAAGCUGUGCAAAUCAAAGAAAUUCUUAAAGAAUUGGAAUAUUCUCCAAGUGGAUGAUAUUUUAAGGGACAUAUUCACUGAACUUCCUGGGUUUACCUUUAAACGUGCCCCAACAAUAAAGGAUAAACUGGUGAGAAGUUACCUUCCAACUCCAAGACGGGAUACCUGGUUAAGACUACCAAAAUGAAAUUUUAGCUGUGGCAGUUGCAACUAUUGUAUCAACAUGGUUAAAAGCAAUUCUUUUGAGGACAUAAGACGUAUGACAUCAAGGACUUCAUCAAUUGCAAUUCCAUUUAUGUAGCGUAUAGACUGGAAUGCUCCUGCAAAUGUUUUUACAUAGGUCUUACCAAGAGGAGGUUAAGAGACAGUGGCAGAACACAGGUACACAAUAUGCACUGGCAACACAAACUACCCAAUGGCUAAACACUACUUCCAAGCCAAACAUGGAAAUGACAGCACUUUGAAAGUAUUAGGUAUAGAACAGGUGUCACUUGGUACCAGGGGUGGAGACAGGUUGAAAAGACUAAAGCUGCUUGAGACUUAUUGGUUACACACAUUAAAAGUUAUUUUUGUCUCAAUGAGAACAUACAUUUUUCUCCAUUCUUAUAAUCAUGGACUGAACUUGUAUAUUGUGUUCUUGUGGAUAUUCAGGUCUGAUUUCUAUGGUAAUGUAAAAACUGCCUGAUUCUAUGAGCAUUUUUUAUCAAAAUUUUUGUAUAUACAUAACUCUCUUUGUACGCUCUUUUCUUUAUAUUGCAAUGUUAGUAUGUCUAAGUAUUUAAUUUGUUUUUGAUUAUUGGUGUUCAAUAAUUUCAGGCUUCUAAUGGCUAGCACCUGUAGUAGAGCACUAUGGUGAGACUAUUAAUUCACUUCCUGUUUCUUCAUUUUGUGACACCCUGAUGAAGGCCUGUUUGGGCUGAUACGCGUUGGUGCUUUUUUAAGAUGUAGCUGCUAUAAUAAAAGCUUUUAAUAUUGAAAUUCCAGUGCCCUGAUGUGGAUUUAUGUUUCCACCAUUUUUGUCAUGUAACUAGCCCUCUUUCCAGAACACCUGUGGCAUUUUUUUGAGUACCAGAUGCGUUCUUGGAUAUCAUUUUUAUCCCUUUAAAUAAA